AGCAUGUCCACAGAUGGUGGCUUUGGCACAGCCAGCAACAGUGAUGCCCAGCAGAGCCUCCAGUCCUUCUGGCCACGGGUGAUGGAGGAGAUUCGCAACCUCACGGUGAAAGACUUCAGGGUUCAAGAACUCCCCCUGGCUCGUAUUAAGAAGAUAAUGAAACUAGAUGAAGAUGUGAAGAUGAUAAGUGCAGAAGCUCCUGUGCUGUUUGCCAAGGCAGCUCAGAUAUUCAUAACAGAACUGACAUUACGAGCCUGGAUACACACAGAAGACAACAAGCGCAGGACUCUGCAGAGGAACGACAUUGCCAUGGCAAUCACAAAGUUUGAUCAGUUUGACUUUCUCAUUGAUAUUGUUCCAAGAGAUGAGCUGAAGCCUCCGAAGCGACAGGAGGAGGUGCGCCAGACUGUGACCCCCGCUGAGCCUGUCCAGUAUUACUUCACUCUUGCCCAGCAACCUGCUGCUGUGCAGGUCCAGGGCCAGCAGCAGGGCCAGCAGACCACCACGUCCACCACCACCAUCCAGCCAGGGCAGAUCAUCAUUGCCCAGCCACAGCAGGGGCAGAGCACCCCUGUGACGAUGCAGGUUGGAGAAGGCCAGCAGGUCCAGAUAGUGCAGGCCCAGCCACAAGGACAGACCCAGCAGGCUCAGAGUGGAACUGGGCAGACCAUGCAAGUCAUGCAGCAGAUCAUCACCAACACAGGAGAAAUCCAGCAAAUCCCGGUCCAGUUGAAUGCUGGCCAGCUGCAGUAUAUCCGCUUAGCCCAGCCUGUGUCAGGCACCCAGGUAGUCCAGGGGCAGAUCCAGACGCUUGCAACCAAUGCACAGCAGAUAACACAGACAGAGGUCCAGCAAGGGCAGCAGCAGUUCAGCCAGUUCACAGACGGGCAGCAACUCUACCAGAUCCAGCAAGUGACCAUGCCUGCAGGCCAGGACAUCACCCAGCCCAUGUUCAUUCAGUCCACCAACCAAACCUCAGAUGGCCAAGCCACGCAAGUGACAGGGGACUGAGUGGGGACGUUGUAACAAGUCUGUGGAAACAAACAGUGGCCUGAGGUUUGCCACACCAGCCUGGCCUGAGGAAUACAUCUGCUUCUGUGUCUGUAGUUGGUAUCAAGGCUAUAGUAGGCUGCAAUCUCCAGUGCACUAUACACCUUCCUCUGGUGGCUAUGAGAGAAAAUCCAACAGACACCGACAAGAAUGCAAUAUUUUUAUUUUUAGAAAUCAAUAUUUCAGUGUAUUCAGCUGCUUGUUCAAACCCAUGACAUGGAAAGAGAACUAAUCAAAAGGAAUUUGUAGGAUCUCACUCAACAACGUCUAAAACAUUUCUAUCUAGUACAAUUAUUAAAGGGUACUGCCUCUGGUUUGUUG